AUGGGCCCCGCAGAGGGCACAGCAAGGCCAGGGCGCUUCUUCGGUGUCUACUUGCUCUAUUGUCUGAACCCUCGGCAUCGGGGCCGCGUCUACGUGGGCUUCACUGUCAACCCCGCCCGUCGGGUUCAACAGCAUAACGGAGGCCGCAAGAAAGGCGGGGCCUGGCGGACCAGCGGGCGAGGGCCCUGGGAAAUGGUGCUCAUCGUGCACGGCUUCCCAUCUGCCGUGGCCGCCCUGCGGUUUGAAUGGGCCUGGCAGCACCCGCACGCCUCGCGCCGCCUGGCACACGUGGGCCAGCGCGCGCGCAGCGAGGCCUCCUUCACCUUCCACCUGCGCGUGCUCGCGCACAUGUUGCGCGCGCCACCCUGGCUGCGCCUCCCGCUCACCGUGCGCUGGCUGCGCCAGGACUUCCAGCAGGACCUCUGUCCGCCGCCGCCUCCACACGUGCCGCUGGCCUUUGGGCCGCCACCACAGUGUGGCCCCCGGCGGGGAGCCGCGCCCAAUGGCGACACCAAGUCCAGCGAUGUGGACACUGAGGCUCACUGUGCCCUGUGCACCGGAGCGUUCCAGGAUGAAGAAAGCCCCCUGUGCUGCCCCCAUCCCGGCUGCCCUCUAAGAGCCCAUGUGAUCUGCCUGGCAGAAGAGUUCCUUCGAGAGGAGCCAGGGCAACUUUUGCCCCUAGAGGGCCAAUGCCCCAGCUGCCGGAACUCGCUGCUGUGGGGAGACCUUAUCCGACUGUGCGGAAUGGGAACCGAGGAGGAUGAGGAAGACUGGGAGUUAGAAGAGGAACACUGGACGGACAUGCUGGAGAACUGA